AUGGAGCAGAAGCUUAAUGAUCGCCUUCAGUGUUGGCAGGAAAAGCUACUUUCUCUCUCAGAUCGUAUUACUCUAGCUAAGCACUGUCUUGCGUCUGUCCCCCUUCAUGCUCUGGCUGUCUUUCGGCCUCCUGUGGCUGUUUUGAGUAGGUUUAAUAAGCUCAUUCGCACAGUCUCUCAUUCUUUGGAUUUAAGCGAGGAAGAAUGGAAUCAAACGGUGAACACUAACUUGAAAGGAACAUGGUUCGUGUCCAAGUCCCUGUGCAGACUCAUGCACGAAGCGAACCAAGGGGGAUCGAUAGUCAACAUCUCUUCCAUAGGCGGUGUGCAAAAUCGUGGUGCUUUGCCAGGAGCCCUCGCUUAUGAAGUCUCAAGGGCUGCAAUUGAUGCUUUGACAAAGACGAUGGCUUUAGAGAUGGGAAGUCACAGAAUCAGAGUGAACUCAAUUGCCCCUCGAUUGUUCAAGUCCGAGAUCAGAUCUGCGCUCUUGGAAAAGGAAUGGCUCAACGCAGUUGCCGAGGGGAUUAUUAAUCCUUUGAGGACCUUCGGUACCUUAGAUCCAGCGCUUACCUCCCUCCUUCGCUAUCUCAUCCAUGACUCUUCUCAGUACGUCACCGGAAAUGUGUUCAUCGUUGAUGUCGGCGCCUCUCUCGCGGGACUCCCCAUCUACUCUUCUUUGUGA